AUUAACACUGGGGGUUAUUGCAUAUAUAUUUCUACCCUUAGAGUGCGUGAACAUUACCAGUAGUCUGCUAAAAACGAUAUACAUUAAUAAACGAUAUACAUUAAAAAUACACUAACGAUUGAUAUUUUGGACAAUGUUCUUUCUAAUUUAAUGCCGAUAGUUAUAUGAUUAUGGCAACCCAUACUUUCGAUUUAUCUGUAUAUAGUACUGAUUUCGAUUGUGGGUUAAAAAUUGCACAACCAAUAUUGGAUACCAGUGGAUUGAUUUUUCCGCUACAAUAAAUGGGGAAACUAAUGAUCAAAGUACAAAGACGAUUCACCCACCUGAUCAGAAUAUUAUUUAAGAAGACAAUACAGAUUUCGUGGUGAUACAAUGAUAUAGCGGAUAAAAGUUAUCUGGCAACUCUAUAGAAAAUGUUGUUGUGAAUGUUUUUACAUAAACCGUGUUAGACAUCAAUGAGUGGCCGGGAUCUACAAUAAUUAUUGAUAUUAAGACUAUAUCAAUUGUGAUGUUUGUGUAUUAACUGAUAUACCAGUAGAUAAACUCGGGAGGUUUAUAAUUAUUUGACGGUCUGGAUAAGGAGAUACGUCACUACUAACUGCCCCUUAUAUCCGACACUAUAGGCAAUUGGAUUUGUCUAGGGAGAUCUGCUUAUUAUGUUACUAUAGGACAUGAACUUUAUCUACAUUUUAAAAUAUGUCUCUAGCAUUUAAAGUAGAUAAUAACAAUAUGUAACUUAAUUUAUGUAUUUAUGUGCGUAAUCUUACAGGUGUGCCAUUUACACUUGUAAAGUAUUUGUGGACAAUAAGUGUAUAAGACCUGAACCGCUCUAAUAGUUAAAUCAUAUGCUUUAAGGAAUACAUUCAAAGAUCUAGUUGCCUCAGUCAUGGAUUGGAACGAAAUUUACAGCAGUUCUCCUAGGAUUUCUACAGCCAAUACCUUAUAUCAGAAUGUUCUUCACGGACGAAUUCGCAGCAUUAAAUCUCUGUUGGGCCGAAAACUGGAUAUUAAUGCUAAAAAUGAUUUCGGAGAAAAUGUGUUAAUAGCUGCUCUUCGAGUGAGAGAUAGCUCUAAAAGAAUACGAAUUUUCCAGUAUUUAUUAAAGAAGGGCGCUGAUGUACAUUAUAAGGAUGAGAAGAACAAUAGAAGCGUAUUGUCUUGGAUUUGUGUUUUGAAAUGCGACAGAGAACUUGACGUAUUCUUGAGAGAUUUUGGCGCUGAGUUAGAUCUAAAAGAUAAAGACAACGAUGGUUAUACAGCGCUUCAUCACGCUACCAAAGUAAAUUGUUGUUCAGUAGUGACAUCAUUGGUAAAUUUAUACGUGCGGUAUCACGUUUCUGUUGAUAUUCCUGACAAUCAAGGAUUCACGCCGUACAUCAUUGCCAGACGUCUCGGAUUUCGCGAUAUCGCCAAUGUUUUGCAAGACAUAGGGAAGGCAUCCCCAGCUCAGUUCGAUACGACCAAAUACCGAAGUUGUAGAGAAUGGUCCCAUUACGGAAAGCGAGAAAGACAAAGGGGCGAUCGACAACGCCAAAUGUACCAACAGAUUCAGGACAAAAUUAAUGGAGAUUUCAAAUUCGUACAGAAUGGUGAUACCCCAAAAUCUCCCCAAGUGACAGGGAUAAAUGUUGGUACCGUGAGUAAAUCCUCUGUUCAAUCGUUACCAAUAGUAACCACUAGCUUCGACUUUCAUCCAAAAGACGGCGAUAUCGGAAUCAGAAAGAGUAGCAUGGCAGCUAGAUCUUUACUCGAAUUGACAUCAUACGAACGCGGUCACUUAGUACGUAGUUUUCGUCACAGUGAAUUCGAUAAAACGAAAAGUUCUGAAUAUAAAGAUGUAUUUGGAGAUUUACACACAAUUUACGAUGUACUUUCAUCUCAAAAAUCUCCAUCGUUUAGAAAGUCAGCAAUUCCCCCAUCUGUUUCGGUUCCGCAUAUGAAAAAGGUUCACGACAAAAGCAAGGUAUCAAGUCUGGCAAUAAUUCUAGGAAAACAGACGAAAGGGGUCGAAAAAACAGCCAACAUUGGGAGAAGGCCGACAAGAGGGAACACUCCACGGUCCAGAACAAAAUUGUCCUCAACAGACAGAAGCCUAAAUUAUAAACAUGACAGAUUCAACAAACUCAAACCAAUAUCAACAUUACCACAAAUACAUAUCCACAAUAAAGUUGUGUAAUGUGUAUUGUAAUUAUUCCCCUUCCGUUAGCAUUUAAAAAUCAGAGGAACGGUGCUUCAGUUAGCCGCCCAUCUGCCCUGGGAAGGGGAGAUUUUAGUUGUGUUUUGUUGUGAAUGUAAUUACUAUUAAUGCAGUCUAUUACUCUUAAUGGAAUUAAUUACUUUAACCGCUUUAAACGUGCUACUUUGAUAUCUUACAGAUCUGUCACUAAUAUAAUAUUAUGUUAAAUGUAUUGACAUUAUUUAGCGUUCGAAUUUCUGUGAAAAUUGUGUAUACUGUGUGUUGUUCUUAUAAACUAUAUAUAAUGAGUACAUUUAGAAAAUAACUGUAAUUUGUUCAUUGCUGUUAUACAAUUGGACAACUGGUAUUAUUAGAUGGCCAAAACCCCAUGGUAAGAAGGACGCAAAUUCUGCUCAAAAGUACAUAUUAUAACUAUGAACGUAUUUGUUUUAUUGUAAAACAAUUAUAUAUAAAUAUAAUUAAAACAAGAAUAACGUGUGCUGAAUACCACUAAAUAACAUAAAGGCUAAACAGUUAAAAAGCUAAAUCCAAAAUUAUAAUCAUUCAUAAUUUUUAGACGUAAAUAUUAGUCAUACAUUUUGAUUAUAUUUACUUCAAAUUUUAUGCCCUACCGGGUUACAAAUAACAUGUAGCUAAGUGUAAAGAUAUGAAAGUAUUUGUAGAGGGUCUGACGAUAAACGGAUUUUAUGGUGGCUUAUGACUUUAUUUGCCUAUAUUGUAUACCACUUAUCUUCACCCUUAGGCACGUCCUAAUGUCAACUUUGGAUUGACUAUCUACAUAACUUUUAUAAUCUUCUUCCCCAUGUCUAAAA